UUUUCCCACUUCUCCUCCUUUUCCCACUUCUCCUUCCUCGGUGCUUCUCCCCUCUCUUCUCACUCUAGUCUGUCUUUCUCAUUCCCCACACCGUUUUUCCCAACCUGAACCCGACUGAAAGUUCAGUCCACUCCCCCAAUACAGUUCUUCUCACCGUCUCACUUGGUCUCUUUUCCACGCCUGUCUGUGAGGAGUUAUGGACUCAUUGAAUGUGCCAGAAUUCACUCCAAAACAUGGGGUCCCUCCAAGGCUGAAAGAUUACUUUACUGGUGCCAGCCCUUUUCAAAAACAACUAGCAUCAGUCAGAAAGCAGACUCAGUUUGGUCAGACACCAUCUCGAAGGAAAAUUCCUCAGUGCUCACCAUUGCAAGAAAAUGUUGACCCACAAAAGAUUGCCUUUCUUCUGAAUAAACAGUGGACCUUAUAUUCGCUGACUCCCAUGUAUAAGUUCUCCUACACUAAUCUUAAAAAGUAUUCUACACUUCUAAAGGCUUUCGUUGCUGCUGAAAAGCAGAAAGGACUGGCUGUGGACAUGGGAGAGGAUUUUAAAUUCAAAGUGAUUUUCUCCAUUCUCUCAGGAAUGAAAGGAACACAUCGGGACCCUGCAGCAUUUCUUGUUCAGGUUGUAUCCAAAUCCCAACUAUCAUCAAAUAAUUCAGAAGAUAAAGUGAUAUGGACAGGUUGGUUUUGCUGUGUACAUGGAGACAGUCUUCUAGAGAAUGUGCCAGAUGAUUUUACCUGUCUACCUUUGUUCCUUGCAAAUGGAGCAGAGUCUAAUACAGCCUUAAUUGGAACUUGGUUUCAGAAAACCUUUGAUUGUCGCUUUACUCGAUUAACAAUUAGUGCAUUCAAUCUUUCCUGGAUGGCUGCUAUGUGGACUUCAUGCAAUCUGGAACAUUAUAGGGCUGCUACAGAAUUGCUUUGGUCUGUACCCUGUAGCCCUCAGAGUUUGGACAUUUCUUAUGCAAUAAAUCCUGAAGAUGCAAAAGCUUUGUGGGACAGUGUCCACCAAACACCCGAGGAAAUAACACAGGAGGAAGUGGACCUAUUCAUAGACUGCCUUUGUUCACAUUUUCACAGACAUUUCAAAAUCAAUUUAUCAGCUACAAGAUUGGUCUGUGUGUCAACAUCUGUAGCUUCUGCACAUACUGAUGGGAAAAUAAAGAUUCUUUGUAGCAAAUAUCUGAUUGGAGUGUUGACAUUUCUGACAGAACUGGCAGUUUUUCAAAUUGAGUGACUUUAUGGGGACUAUGCCUUGUGAAUUGCUUAUAUACUGUUUUUACCAGUAAGCUGUUUGGCUGAAAUGGGCCUGAUAUGUGAUCAUUGCUACUGCCUGAAGUGGCCAUAGGUUUUCACAUCCAUCAUGGUGCCUGAAGUGUCUCAGUAGGGAAGUCUAACAAGGAGCCAUAAGAAUGGAGAAAGCAGCAGUGGCUGAUUCGUCAUACAAGAUGACCUUCAAUGGCAGCUCCCAGCACUGUUGGAAAUUGCUGAUUUUCACUGUACAUCACCAUUUUUAUUUCAUUGGAACUCCUCUUUGAAAUAGGCGUGGGGCACCAAAACAAUUUUUUAAAAACUACAUUUGAAAGCUUAAGCCCAAUUAGCAUCCUAUACUCAUCUAGUUAGUUUUAUCCAUUAAAAAACUUUCCCAAGAUAUUCUAAUUCAUUUUUUUCUGGAGUAAAACAAAAGCAUUUGCAGAGAAAAAGCAAGAGGGAAUAGAUUAAUGUGCAAAACUUUGGCUGCUAAUCUGCUUUUUUUUUUUUUUUUUUUUUGUAAUGACAUUACUUAUUUUGCACUAUUGAAUUAAAUAUGCAGAUUUUAAUGACAAAGUGUUUGAUUUUAAAAUUAUAAUUUUUAAGGUUUUGAUUUUCAUCUCUGUAUAUAGAGAAACAGUUUUAUUUUCUCUUACCCAACGACUUCUCAGUUUAAAAAAUUCUAUUUGAAGGCAAAAUUGGCUGCUUAACUUGUACUCCAAUUAAUUUACUUAAGCAAAAUUAAGUACCUACUUGGCAGAUACUAAACCCAAUCAAUGAUCAAUGAAUUAAUAUAUUACUGGAUUUAAGCUUUUUGAGGGCAAGGAUUGUUGUAUUUUUGCUCUUUUUUUAUACGUCUAGCACUUAGAACUUAUUUGUUUAUUGCCACACUAAUGCUUAUUAUUUAAAAAAAAAAUAAAACUGAAAGGCACAAAGAGGUUGCAGAUGAAGGAAAAGGUGACUUUUUGGGAAGACAAAGAAGUUGGCAUAACUGGUUUAUUGGGCGCCCAAAGGUAAUAAAAGACAAUUUUUGAGAUAGUAGGUCAGCUUACUUUGCAGUGCUCAUAGUUUGCAUAAGAAAAAAGACAGUCAUUGAGAUGGAUUGCAUUUUAGGUACCAAAAUCUACUGGAGAGGAUGAAGAGGCAGAGAAAUUCUGUUUUAUAACUUUACAAAAUGCUUCAAAUUAAGUAAGCAUAUUUUGAUAUACUUAAUGACUUCAGUACAACUAUAGGCACAGGGGAAAAUGAAAAGCAUUUUGGAACAUAACUCAAGUUUAAAGAUGAAAGAAGCCAAAGACUUGCAGACUAUUCAGGAGCCUUAAACCUAUAUACCAUGAAUAUUUUAUUGAAGAAGGAAUGACGAGGUUUUAAAAAAUUAGCUUGUACAGGAAACUGGUUAUUGAUGAGAGUUCUAUUAGACUCACUUAUUGACUAGUGGAAGCAAAGAUCAAGUUCAACAUCAGAUUAGAAGUUUACACCAAACUGAAUCAAACAAGCAGAUGUUCUCAAAAAAAAAAAAAAAAA